AUGUCCCAGCUCCAUGAUCUAUGCAAGUUUCCCACACGCCCCAUAACUGUGGAGUAUGUCUCCCAGUUGAGGUCGUACUUGAGCAGCGGGGUCCCCGCUACUUAUACAGUGGAGGAGGCGUACAACUAUGAGAAUCGGGUGGAGACUGAACCAGCAACCGCCACGACUCCGUUGCAUUUGAUCUGCACUCAUGUGCCAACAGACUUGGACGAGGGUGAAACCGCGGUAGUUGAUGAAAUGUGUGAUGUCUUGUUUGAGUACGGCGCCGGCUGGAGCUUCACCGAUGUCAAUAAUGAGACCCCGGGGUGCGUGUUGAUCCGGCGCGGGCUUAAAGACUGGGCGUUGUAUGAGAAGCUUGUGGACGCUGGCGUGAGGGCAGAGUUGUUGUUGAGAAAAGUGAGCGAGUAUGACGUGGAGUUUGUUGAAGAAGGGGAAGUGGUUGCCUCUGAAGAGGCUGCUGCUCCCUCCCACAACCAGCAAGCAUUUCUCGAGUCGAAACUUGAGUAUGUGGACGAUGCGCUAGUCACGAAAGAGAGAAAAGACGGCGUCAUGAUGAGCUGGGAGUCGGAUAUCAUGCAACUAGCCGCAGACUCAAUCACCGUUAAUGGUAGUGACGACUUGUGUAUUCUCAACAUUGGCUUUGGAAUGGGGAUCAUAGACACGAUGCUUCAGCAGAAGAACCCCCGCAAGCACUACAUUUGUGAAGCCCACCCAGAUGUGCUAGCCAAGAUGAAACAAGAUGGCUGGUUUGAGAAAGCAAAUGUGGUGGUCUUGAGUGGCCGCUGGCAGGAUGAACUCGACAAGUUGCUUUCUCAGGGCACUGUUUUCUUCGAUGGCAUCUACUACGACACUUUUUCCGAGCACUACCUGGACAUGCUCGAGUUGUUUGACUAUGUUGUUGGUUUGUUGAAACCAGACGGUGUUUUCUCCUUCUUCAACGGGCUUGGUGCUGACAGACAGGUCAUUUACGAAGUCUACAAAAAGUUGGUUCAAAUAGACCUCGAAAAUUACGGCUUGAGGUGCCGAUUCAAGGAAAUGCGCGUGCCACCAGAAUUGUUCAAAAAAGGAGGCGAAAGUAUCUGGGAUGACAUAAAGAGAAGCUACUGGUCUUGCCCUAUUUACUACCACCCAGAAGCCACAUUCAUGGACUUUAGCUAA